AUGGGUUCAGUUUCUCAUCCGCCACAUUUUGAUGGCAACAACUACGCUGCAUGGAAGGCAAAGAUGAAAUCAUUUCUCUGGGCACUUGACGAUAGAGUGUGGCUUGCAGUUGAAGAAGUCUGGGAACCUCCAACAGUUGAAGAAACCAAAGGCGGAGGACAGUUUUCUGUUACUAUUUCUAUGCUUAAGCUAGAAAGUAAAUGCUCAACGGCGAAAGAAGCUUGGGAUAUUCUUGAAGUUACUCAUGAAGGUAACUCCACUGUCAAAGAAUCGAAGCUUCAAAAUCUCAUCACACAAUUUGAAAAUAUCAAAAUGCUAGAUGAUGAGAGUUUUUCUAACUUUUAUGCUAAACUUAGUGUAAUUGUCAAUGGUUGUCAUAAUCUUGGUGACAGCAUUCCAGAACAUAGAGUUAAGAAAAUUCUAAGGUCUAUUCCUUUUAGGUUUCAUGCGAAAAGGACAGCUAUAGAAGAAUCGAAAGAUUUAAACACUUACAAGUUGGAACAAUUGAUUGGGUCAUUACAAACAUAUGAAUCUAACUUUAUCGAAGUCAAGAAAGGGAAAAAUGUAGCCUUCAAAGUCAAUAAUGAAAAAGUGAAUGAGGAUUCAUUUGAAAACCUAACUCAAGAUGAAUUUGCUCUUCUCACCAAACAAGCUAGGAAAUUUUUGAAACUCAGAAGUUCCAGGGGAUGUGAAAAUCGAAACAACUUUGAUUCAAACUCCAAAGUUCCUCGUUCUCGAGAUGUCUCUCAUGGAAAUUCUUCUAAGUUUGUCAAACUUGGUGAAAAGAAAAGUUCAAAUGACAAAGACAAGUGUUUUGAAUGUCAAGGGUAUGGACAUCAUGCUCAUGAAUGUGCCAAUACUCUUAAAAAGCUGAAGGAUGAAAAGAACAAGACGUUAACCUCCACUUGGAGUGACAGUCAUUCAGAGAAGGACACAGCAUCUAAAGAUGAUGAUGAAGUGGUUGCGUUUAUUGGAAUCUUUGAUGGAUAUGAGACUGAUGACUCGGUAGUUGAAGAACCUGAUUUCGUAGAAGUCUUACGAAAGUAUACUGCACUUUAUGAUAUCACCAUGAAAGUGAAGAAAGAAAAUGAUGAACUGAAAAAUAAACUUGUGCAGCUUGAAAGCGAGAAGAAGGAAGUAGAGAUUGAGCAUCAAUCUCAAAUGGAACAUGCAGAGAAGCUACGAGAGUCAAUGUUGGAAAAACUACAUAUGCUAGCAUUAGACAACGAAAUCCUUGAAAAUGAAUUAAGAGGCAUGAAAAAAAAAAAGUUUAAAGAGUUUAGUAUUGGAUCAAGAAAAAUUGACAAAAUGUUAAGCUAUGGAAAAAAUUCAGGUGUUAGAAGUGGUUUAGGUUUUGAUUUUAAUGUAACUGGAAGUUCUUCCUCUUCUGUUACUAGAUUUGUCAAGGCUUUACAAGAACCAAGCAAGAAAGAAAGUAGUGAUGAACCCUUUGGAAAUUCGUGUACCACUACAAAUAAGCCAAAUUAUGUGAGCACUUUUGUUGAUCAAAGAAAUUUCAUUAGGUCAAAAACCUUCAUUCCUACUUGCCACUUCUGUGGAAAAAUAGGACAUAUCAGACCUAGAUGUAACAAACUUCGAAAGGAAGAUCAAACUAAGCACACCACCCAUUGGAUGUCUAGAAAAUCAAAUCUCAAAAUGAGAUUUGUUGCUCAUUCAAGGCGAAUGAAUAGAAUUUCAAAAAUAAUGCUCAAUUCCAUCACUCCAAACUUAAAACAAGUAUGGAGAAGAAAGGAGACUCAAGUUUUCUUAUUGGAUAAGAUGUCACCAUCAUCUGAUGAAGACAAUCUUACAUGUUUGGUGGCUUUUACUGCCCUCUCAACUUGUCAGUCUGAUACUUGGUAUCUCAACAGUGGCUGCUCGAGGCAUAUGACUGGAGACAAAAGAUGGUUCACAACCUUCACCGAGGAUUGUAAAAAUGGAGCAGUCACUUUCGGAGAUGGAAAAAGAGCAAGGAUUGUUAGAAAAGGAGAAAUCAAAACUCUAGGAAUUCCAUGCUUAAAAGAUGUCAUGUUAGUUGAUGGACUUAAAGCUAACUUAAUUAGCAUCAGUCAAAUUUGUGAUGAUGAUGAUGCUGAAGUAUUGUUCAAUAAGUUGAAAUGUUGUGUGAAAGUUGCUAGUGGGAUAGACAUUUUUGAAGGAAAAAGGUCUAAAGACAAUUGUUAUUGUGUGAAUGCAAAUGAAUCACAUGUGCCAAGUAUAUGCAACAAAGCAACUGAUGAUGUUUUGGAUUUAUGGCAUUAA